AUGUGUGGUAUUCACGCCAUCAUCUCCCCCUCGUUUUGUUCACUCUCCGAAAUCUCCCCGGAGUUGCACCAGAAUCUUGUCAACCGCGGACCGGACUAUUUCGGGCAGGUUACGCGGGAAUCGUCGGAUGGGAGAUGGAAGUUGCGGUUUACGUCUACUGUUUUGGCUUUGAGGGGCGACCGUGUCACGAAGCAGCCACUGCAUGAUGACAGUGGGAGCAGGGGUGGGAAUGUGUUGUGCUGGAAUGGGGAGGGGUGGAGGUUUAUGGGGGAAGUAAUUGGGGAACAUGAGAAUGACGGGGAGGUUAUUUACCGAGGGUUGAAAGACGCGAGGUCGGUGGAGGAGGUGAUGGGGGUUUGGAAGGGGGUUGAGGGGCCUUUUGCGUUUGUUUUUUAUUGUGAGGCGCUGCAAAGGGUGUUUUGGGGACGGGAUCGGUUGGGGAGACGGUCGUUGAUGGUGAGGAGGAUAGAGGGGGGAGGGGUGGUGUUGGGGAGUAUUGCGGAUGGGGAGGGGAAGUGGGAGGAGGUGGAGGCUGAUGGGGUUUAUUCUCUUGGGUUGGGAGAUGGGGUAGCGAGGAGGCAUGAUUGGGUUGAGGAGGGGGAGAACUUCGUAAGUGCAAAAUUCUGUCCUGGUGGGAGCGUUUCUAGCAUCGGGGUAUUUAACAAGGCGCUGCCAUCUUUUGAGGGAGAGACGCCGCUGACGAGCGCGUCACCUUCUGUUCGGGCGCUCAAGGACCAGCUGGUUGAAUCGCUCAAGUUGAGGGUGCUAAAUAUUCCCAACCCGCCAUCCAGUGGAACAGGCAAGACCCGCGUUGCGGUACUGUUUUCCGGUGGCCUGGAUUGUACCGUCCUGGCGAGACUAUGCCACGAUAUCCUGGAGCCUCACCAAGAAAUUGAUCUCCUCAAUGUUGGCUUUGAGAAUCCGAGAGUGGGGGCCCGGCUGAAAAAAGAGGCCAACGGCAAAGAGGUGGACUUGUACGAGGCUUGCCCGGACAGGAUCACGGGAAGGAAGUCCUUCGCCGAGUUGAAGAAUGUCUGUCCCGGGCGAGUCUUUCGGUUUGUCGCUGUAAAUGUCCCCUACUCAAAAUUGCAGGCCCACCGGCAGCAAAUCAUUUCUCUCAUCCAUCCUCACAAUACUGUGAUGGACCUUUCCAUCGCAUGCGCGCUUUACUUUGCCGCCCGAGGCCAAGGGUCAGUCAGAUCGGAGAGUCCAGAUCCGGACUCUGAGCCCUCAACUGUUUCGUACACAUCGCCCGCGCGCGUCCUGCUUUCUGGUCUCGGCGCUGAUGAGCUAUUUGGUGGUUACUCGCGCCAUGCUGCUGCUUUCCAGCAGGACGGAUACACAGGGCUUGUGAAAGAGCUCCUGCGGGACGUAAGCCGCCUGGCCGAGAGAAAUCUCGGGAGGGAUGAUAGAGUCAUGGCCCAUUGGGGCAAGGAGGUAAGAUUUCCGUUUCUGGACGAACGUCUGGUCAAGUGGGCCAUCGCAACGCCUGCGUGGGAGAAGUGUGAUUUUGAAAGGGAGGAAGAGAAGAGCGGUGUUGAAGCUGCAAAGAGAGUCCUGCGUCUUCUGGCGAUGGAGUUGAGCAUGGAGGGUGUUGCGAAGGAGAAGAAGCGAGCUAUUCAAUUCGGCUCGAGGACAGCCAAGAUGGAGAGCGGCCGUGACAAAGGGACAACACUCUUGUCGUAG